AUGACGACGGACCCGACGACGCGACAACAGAUGCCUCCUGAGGAGCCUCCACUGAUCCCGCAGGUUAAUCGAAGCGACCACUGCUCUCCCUUCAGUAUUAUGCAUGAUAUGCAUUCUUCAAUCUCGCGUUCAUGUAUGCUGUCACUAGUGCUCUGCGGCCUUGUGAUGCUCGUAGUGAUGGCCGAUUUCAUGUUCACGUUGCGUGUUACGCCUGUCUCUCUUGAAAAAGUGCGCAUGAGCGAGAGCCGUCAAAGUUCCAAUCUGACUAUUGGGCAUAACGUUAGCGCGCAUAAAUGGGAGGGAGAAGUCCAUGAUAGUAGCUACAGACCGCCACCUCCUGAUCAUGGGGACAGCUCGUUCUCGGCUGACGACGUGAACCGCAUGGAGGAGCAGUUCGUCUUCACAAUCCACGAAACGGCGCGGCGGACAAUUGACAAGCGUGGUAUUGUGUUGCCAUUGUUUGACAACAUUGCAACGCUGGGCGUGUCUUUGAUCUUGGAGCUACGAGCGAUGGACGUGCAUGUACCAAUCGAAAUACCGCAUUGUGGAGAUCUGAAAGACUCGACGAUUCACACAGUUCUGGAACAAGAAGAAGUGGGUGUGCUGCACUUCUAUGAUGUUUGUGAACUCGCGUCAGAGACCGUCAGUGUGCAGGAUGCGUCCGUGAAGGUGUUUUGUGAGAGUCUGAGCAACUGCUAUGAGUCGUUCCGAAGCUUUGACAUCAAGAUACUGGCUGUGACUUUCUCGCGGUUUGAAGAGGUGAUGCUGCUUGAUGCCGACACGUUGUUCUUUGAGAGUCCCAUGUCGCUCUGGGAUACGGACAAGUACCUGAGUACGGGCACGCUAUUUUUCCAUGAUCGACUGGUCGAAGACAAAAUGUUUAUGAGUAACAUCCCCAAAGGUAGCAAUGGUGACGUAAGACAAAUACAUGACUUCAUGUCACGGUUCGAUGUGUCGCCGUUCAAGCCAUUAGGUCACAUUGAACGACCAAAGGCAACAAGCGAGAACAAGGUGCCUGUAACGCUACAUUUCUCACCCAGCGAGCAACUGUUGACAAGUCAUUCGUGGAACUACCGAGCUGGACACGAGAUGGACUCGUCGUUAGUACUAUGGAACAAGAAGCGGCAGCCACGAGCAACAGCGAUCCUGGGAGCGUUCGUAGCGCGCAAUCGCGUUGGCCGACCGCCUUCUUACGGCGAUAAGGAACUGUUUUUUGUGGCCACUGAGCUCGCUGAGACGAAGUAUGCGUUUUCUGAUUUCGGAACGGGAGCUGCGGGUUGGGACUUUCGCGACUCUGGUCCCGGCAAGUCGGUGCUCUGCGGCUCCGCCACGCAUUAUUAUCCUGCAAAAGCGGAGGAUGAAAGGCUCGCUGCAAAUGCCAGCGUGCUGUACCUCAACAGCGAUAACAUCUUGGUGUAUGACCCGAAAACAAAGCCCCUGUACUACACUCAGGCACGACUAUGCGAGGUAUAUCCGGGUAACGUUUCGGAGAGCGGUGUGGCAAGUAUGUGUCCGUUCGACGUGACGGGUGUGCGCUUUUCCCUUGAACAGGAGGAUCACAUGCUGUUACGUCAGCACUUCCACGAGAUUGCUAAGGCCUGGAUGGAGUAG